AAAUGACACAGUUAUUGCAACACAACAGGGUGUGUCGUACUAGACCUGCAGUCAUAAAUGUCUUCAUCAACUUCCUGGCUGAAACACUGCACACACUUUCAACCGUACGAUGUCCGCCUCGGAGUGGAAGAAGAGAUGUGAAGAUGAGUGGGGCUUGGCUGGCACAGCUAUGCCCGACAGCCUGGAUUGGAAGUCUGCGUAUGAAGCUAAACCAUUCGGCAGAAAUCUGCUGAAGAAUCCUGCACCUCACGGUUUAAGUAAAGAUACCCCUCCCCCUGAACCUGAGAUUCCUGAUGCUCCUGUGCGUGGUCCACCCCGUUUUCAACCGGAAGGUGACUUCAGUGGCUGGACCACAAACAUAGAAGUCCUCCCCUACGACACCAGUGGUAUCCCAGAAGGGGUUGUGAUCUGUGCCUUGCCUGAGUACAGCUGGUUUUCCCUGGAGCAGACUGUGGACCUGAAGGCAGAGGGGCUUUGGGAAGAGCUGCUGGAUGAUUUCCAACCAGAAAUAGUGAUCCAAGACUGGUAUGAGGAGAGUCAGCUGCACCAGUCCAUCUACCAACUGCAUGUGAAGUUAUUAGGCGCAGAUAAAAGCAGUGUGAUCGCAGAGCACUCCGUCAACCCCACUGAGGACAUCAGCACCUAUUCACACACCUGGAAGGAGGUGUCGCAUGUGUUCUCUGGUUAUGGACCCGGGGUGAGGUACAUCCACUUCUUGCACAGACUGAAGAACCAGUUCCUGAUGGGCUUCUACCCCACAAUGUUCACGGGCAGCUCGGUGAUGGUUAAACCAACCAAAACUAGCUCAAAUUGAAUGCCAAUGCCACCUCUAGUGAAAAGUCUUCAUGCAAAUUAUCAUUAUUAUAUAUAAUUUUUAUAAUAAUGGUUUAAUUUAGUUCAAUUAUGUCUCUAUUUUAGAGGAAAUAUCAAUCAAAAUAUCAAGCACCCCCAAUGAACGGUUUUGUGAAU